AUGUCAUCAGUAAGAAAUAGGGAACGAAUUUUGGAAGCGAUUGACCAGUUGCGGCGUCGAAAAGCACGCCCGGAUGUUCAAAGAAUAUGUAAUUAUUUAUUUCGCCGGUACUCAGUUAAUUCUGUAGAAGCAAGACAAGAUUUAGAUUUGUGUGUUGCUAAUAAUUACGUGCUUAAAGUUGAAUACAAGAACAACAUAAGUUAUCGCAAUGCUGCAAAAAAGCACGCGCAUAUGCGACAGAAAGUUUUACUUCCAAAAAAACCAACAUCUACCCAAGGCAACUCAACUGAUGUACGGUAUAAAAUAAAUCGGCAGUUUAAUGAAUUAUUAACUAACGCUUUUGGAGAACUUAUCGUUGAAGAGCCUGAUUAUUUAGAGAUGGGGAUUCCAAGCAGCGAAAUAAUUAACAACAUAUUGGCAAAAGACAGUGUCAGAUAUACAAAAAAGUAUAUCAGUAUAUUAUUAGAAAAAGAAGUAGAAGCCGGUGGUUUAAUUAAGUUGGAAACUGGUAAUUACCUUAUGGGACCUUCCAAAGCUGAAGAUAAUGAGAAAGAGAAGGAAAUAGGAUGGAAAAGGGUGAAUGUGAUUCAAAGGAAUGACGUGAACGGUGGACAGUCGCAAUCAAAUAAUCGAAACAAUUCCAAUCAAUUCUCUAUCCAAGUCAAAAAGAAGAAACAUCCCCUUUACACAAGUGAAAUGAAGACUGAUAGUUACGAAAAUAUGGACUCAUCAACAAAUUCUGCAGACGAAAAAAAGUCCGAUGCAUCACAAAGAAUUGGAGGUAGACGAAAGAGAGCAAAAAAAGUAUUUGAUCCAUCUGAUAAUAAUGUUCCCAAAAAAAGGGGGCGUCCUGUGGGAUCUCUGAAUAAAGCAACUAUAGAAAAGCAAAUAGCAAAGUUAACUUAUAACGAGGAUAGUAGGGAAAACCGUCCAGAGUCAAGAACUUCUAAUAAUGGCAGAGACCAACAUGGUGUUUGUUCAGUCUGUCACGUUCAAAAUAGAAAGGGACCUAAUGAUCGUCUGGUGGCUUGUAGAGAAUGUAGUAACAAAGCUCAUUUUAGUUGUUUAAAUGGAGAAGACAUGAUGUUAAAAAUGUAUCCGGACAACACCUGGCAGUGUCCACACUGCAAAACUUGUGUGGUUUGUUUUGAGACCUCAAAUUCUGGAAGUUUAACAGUCUGUUCAGUUUGUGCCGAUGGAUAUCACGCUGGUUGCCAUCAACCGAGAAUAGUAGAAAAAUUAUCAAAGGGACAAAAAUGGUCAUGCACAAAUUGCCAAAUGCCAGAUGAAUUGAAGAUUAAUCAGAUUCAAUCAAAUGUCAAUUCUUUCAGUCGAAAAAGUGCAUCAGAAUAUAAUACAUCAUCAAAUUCUGGAGACUCAUCACCAUCACAGUAUAAUUCUCCAUCAAUUUCUCCAACACCACCGCAUUUAAGCCCGCAAACCACAUUAAGGCCAGAAUCGCCAGAUGCCGAUGGCGAUGCUCAGUCCGAUUCGCAGAAUGAAGAUGAAAACAGCGGCAUUGAUCCGUCUAUUCCUGACGCAACUCAUUGGACCGCCGAUGAAGUUUAUGAGUAUUUUCGACAGUAUUUCCCAGAAGAAGCUAUUAUAUUUAAGGAACAGGAAAUUGACGGUAGAUCACUUCUACUAUUAAGAAGAAUUGACGUAUUAACAAAUCUCAACUUAAGGUUAGGCCCAGCACUGAAAAUUUAUAGACAUAUUGUAAAAUUACAAGUGAGAAGAGACGAUCCCAAAUUAUAUUGGUUGUAA